AAGAUAGUUUGAUAAUCUGUGGUUAAAGAUACAUAUGUUUGUAAACAUUAGGGAGCGUCAUUCGUAUUUGCACACUAUUUCUAUAUCGCAUUUUCAAUGUAUCUAAUAAUAAAUAAUAAUCCGAUGAUCAUAUAAUUUACAUGAUGAUCACAUGGCGGUAGUUGCAUGUUUCACACCCACAUUUAUAAGGUUGUGUUUUGUCUACGUUUCGUUGUGUUUUACCUAUUACUAUUCAUUAAGUACGUUGUUCCGCUUCGUGCCCGAAUAAAAUAAGCAGAAUUAGGACAAUUUAUCAGUUUCCAACUUUGGAGGAUGGAAAACGCUGAAAAAAUUAAAUCGGUUUCGGAACGGUCGCCUCUAGUCGCGGAUUCAGCGUCGAUUGGCGCCGACAUUCCGACAAAUAAUUUUCCGGAGAUUUCCAAACCGGAGAAAACCGAACAACUAAGCAGUGAAAGUGAUGAACCGAGAAAAAAUAAACCAAGCAUGGUUGUGAAGUUUGCUGUGAUAUUUGCCAAAAAAGUUUUGAUUCUUUUAAUAGGCUACAUAUUUUGCUACUUUAAUUGGUCCUUAACGUUGCCUAUUGUGGGUAUCCUUUCUUUAAUCUGGUACGAGAAUUUGAAGCCUCAAAAGGGCGAUAGGAUCCGGAAAAAAUUAUGGGCUAGUUCUAUGUCGAAGGCUGAUAUUUGCGAUGUUGUUAAGGACUUACCUUCAUGGGUAAAUUUCCCGGACAGAGAACGAGCUGAGUGGUUAAACGACAUAAUAUCUCAACUAUGGCCAAAUUUAAACAAUUAUAUUGUGAAAUACUGCAGAGGUAAAAUUCAGACUAACAUUAGGAAGAAGUUUGACUCCUUUCGCUUUGAGGACAUCGACUUCGGCAGUUCGCCCCCGAAAAUUGACGGAAUUAAAGUCUACAACCAAUCAGUAGCUAAAGAUUCCAUUGUUAUAGACUUUGAAGUGUUUUAUGACGGCGACUGCGAUGUUAAUUUUUCCAUGUCUGGAGCUCAAAUUGGAACCAUAAAGGAUUUUCAGAUGGGGGUCGAAAUAAGAGUUGUCCUGAAGCCACUGCUUUUUAAAAUGCCCGUCAUAGGAGGAAUUCAGAUAUUUUUUCUUAAUGUUCCCGACAUUGAAUUCGAAUUGGAAGGAAUCACAGGCAUUCCAGGAUUUAGUUAUUUGGUUCGACAAAAAAUAGAAGAAAUUAUUAAGAAAAAACUGGUAUUUCCAAACAAGAUAACGAAGCGUUUUUCGAAAGCCAUCGAGGCUGCCGAACUGAAAUCGAUCGAACCAGCGGGUGUCUUGAGAGUUCACGUAUUUGAAGCGCGGGACUUGGAAAAGAAGGAUGUAACAGGAAAAUCGGAUCCUUACGUGAUUCUACAUGUUGGCGCUCAAGAAUUAAAAACGCAAGUUAUAAAAAGAGACUUGAAUCCACAAUGGGAUUAUUAUUGUGAGUUUAUUAUUUUGGAUCCUGAAGCUCAACAAUUAUACUUCAAGCUAUUUGAUCAGGAUGAAUUCAGAGAAGACGAUUUCUUGGGAAGCGGCGCUGUUGAUAUUUCUGAAGUGAUUAAACCCGGGAAAAACGACCAGUGGUUCAAUCUAGAAAACGUCAAACACGGAAAGAUUCACUUGAGGUUCAGUUGGCUGGGACUUACUUCUGAGUUAAACGCACUAAACUUGGCCACCCAAGAAACGAAGCUUCUUAAAACAGAAAACCUCCAUGCUGGCCUGCUCACCUUAUAUGUAGAUUCAGCUAUUAAUUUACCGAAAAUAAAGUUUUAUAAAAAACCUGAUCCUUAUAUCAUUUUAACGGUUGGAGAUAACCAAACGAAAAGUCGCAGACGAAGACACACUUGCGAUCCCACAUGGGAACAGGGAUUUUAUUUGUUAGUCAAAAAUCCUGAAACCGAUUCCUUAAUAAUUACUGUUAUGGACAAACAUUCAGAUAGUACGCUGGAUAAAAUGGUAUACAACAUUAAGGAUCUGUGUGAUAAACCAUCGAUGCAGAUAAGCAAGGAGAAAUUCCAAUUGCAACUGAAUUCAGAGAGCAAACUAACACUUUCAAUGCAAUUAAGAAUUAUGCAAAACGCCCUUUUCGAAGCGACAGAGUCCGAUUCAGACUCUGACUUAGAUGACUGUCCAUCAACUGUCUCAAGGCGAAAAUCCUUCAACAAAGCUCCAAAAGAAAUUGUACAUAUUGAGCCUCUGAGUUCAGCGACAUCCAAUUCGGAUCAAAUAGAAGCUUUUCAGAAAUCUGAAGUAGCAGCUAGUAAUGCUUCAUUGAUCCAAAAGUCCACAUUUGUACAGCGGCCUGAAGAACGAGGCAGAAUAGAACUGACAUUAGAUUACAGUGGAACGCGGCAAAAGUUGCUGGUAACGGUGCAUCGGAUCGCCAAUUUGCCGCUGAAGAAUCCUGGCGAUAUUCCAGAUCCCUACGUCAAACUGCGUUUGGAGGGACCAGGGAUUAGCCCAGUUAAACACAGAACAAAAGUUGUGCUGGAUUCGUGUGAUCCAGUGUACGAGCAUACCUUCGAAUAUCUCUUGUCAGUUUUCGAAUUACCCGCUCACAGACUGAUAGUUACAGUGAAGAACAAGAAGUUGUUUCACACAAGUAUUCUCGGCCAGAAAAUCAUCGAUCUUGAUAUUCUCGAGGCCUCAGGAUUUCUACUUCGGGAUUGGUUCGAUUUACAAGAGGAAGAAGUUUCCGAUUGAUGCCCAUCUUGUUUCGGAAGAAAGAUGCGCUUCUGAAAAGAGCAGCAUUAAGGAGUAUAAGUAUAUACUGUAAUAUAAUAAGCCUCAGUCUACAGGUAUGUACUUUCUCAAAAUCUUCAUUGUUACAUGUAUAUUGCGUGUACUUUGUUUGGGUUAUAAGAUCAGUUUAGUUAGUUAUGUUUUAAUUUAAAAAACCGUAAUAAAGCAGGCACAUACAAGUAA